GAAAUGGCAAUUUAUACAUAUAAAGGACAACCGCCUCCUGUUUGCGAUGCCGAUGCCGCCAACCAACCGACAACCGUUUCUCGACUCGACUUAUUGCUUGUUAUUUGCAGACAUGUCAAGAUACAACCAGCAAAUUACAAAGAAAUGUUUCUAGAUCCAUUUCCACCAAUCUUACCAAUUCCCAUUCCAAGGCAUAUCAUCCUUCCUCCACGUGUAAGUUUGCCUGGAGUUGAAGCUACACUCCAAAAUGACGAUUUGUGGAAACAAUUUCAUCAGAUUGGAACCGAAAUGAUUAUAACAAAAAGUGGAAGGCGGAUGUUUCCAUCGAUGCGCCUGUCAAUUUCCGGUCUUGAAGAAGAAUCGAAUUAUUGUGUUCUUUUGGAAAUGGUUCCUAUUGGUGAUUGCCGGUAUAAAUUCUCAGGUUCUCAAUGGGUGCCAGCCGGUGGUGCUGAACCUCAAAGCCCGCAGAGAAUGUUUUUGCACACAGACAGUCCAGCUUCGGGUGCACAUUGGCAGGCACAACCGAUUUUGUUUAAUAAAGUGAAAUUAACCAAUAACACUUUGGACAGCAAUGGACAUAUUGUUCUUGCAAGCAUGCAUAAAUAUCAACCAAGAAUACAUAUUAUCCGGACAUCAGACCCUACACAAAUACCAUGGUCACCACAACAAGCAUUUGUGUUUCCAGAAACGGAAUUUGUUGCCGUCACCGCAUAUCAGAACGAUCGUAUUACUAAACUGAAAAUUGAUAACAAUCCAUUUGCCAAAGGUUUUCGAGAAACUGGUCAAUCACGUUGCAAGAGAAAAAUGUCAUCAUCACCGGAAAUUCGAUGCACUAGUAAUGACAUUUCCCCUUUAAAAGCAAAUUCAUUACCCAGCACUAGUGGAUAUGAAACACAUCCCAACGAUGACGAUACAGAAUUAUCACCUAAUGCCAAGCGAAUAAGAUCAAAUGGAUCUACAUGUUCGAUGUCAUCUCUUGAUGAAGUUGGAUUUCCCAUAUCAACAAGUAGCAAUAGCACGAGUGGGAAAAAUUCACCCAACAUUGAUCUUGGCAAUGAACUACAUCAUGUUUAUCAACAACCACCAUCUCAGCGAAUUAAUGUUACCAAUGAAUCUAUGAUGGUUCAGAAGAUGCAAACAUUUAUGAAUCCUUCAUUUGUUGAUUUAGCUUAUUCAUAUUUCGAAAGGCCACAAUAUCCAAUGCAUCAUAUGCAUCCUUUUAGUUUGCAUCAUCACCAACCAAAUGAUAUAUCUUUAUGCUUGGAAACUAGUGAUGUAUCAGAAACUGAAAUAUCAAAUGGAGAUGCACCCAGUAAUUCAACAACAGCAACGACGAUAUCGCAUCAAACACCAGAUGUGCCUCAUUCUGAAGCUGGAGAUUCGAUAAGAGCGAAUAAAAGUAAAAACUUUUCAAUAUCCGCUAUAUUGGGAAGUAAAAGUUAAAAAAAAAUGGAUAGCAAAAAAAAUAAAUUAAAUCAUAAUUUUCAUUGUAUAUAUUUCGUUUCAUUUUUAUUUAAGUGCAAAUACAUAUUUUCAUAAACAAAUUGUUGUAAAAAUUUAUUAUUUAACAUAAAACAUUAAUUUAAAAAUUUUUUCAGUUCAAAUAAUUUCACUUGUAUUUAGUUGUCCAUUUAUGUAUAAAUAAUCUUAGUUAUAUUGAAUGUUAUGUAAGAUAGAAUUGUA